GUGGAAGUCAUAAUGCGGAUCACAAGCUCUGUCGAUAGUCGCUGGAUCGACCUGCGCUGAGCUUCGACAACAUGUUUCGAUAUAUUAUUCUGGUUUCUGUUAUCUUGAACGUGGCCUACUGUGCGCCACAGUGGUACGGAGGAGCCUAUGGUGGCCACGCGGCUCCAGCCCCAUUAGGAGCAGAUGGACGAGUCGUGGAUACUCCAGAAGUUGCUCAAUUGAAAGCAGCUCAUUUAGCUGCUUUGGCUGAUGCAAAUGCGAGGGCACCCAAGGGACCUGGUGUCGCUGGUCCUUAUCCCGGCCCUGCUGGUUCCUACGCACCUGGAGGCUAUGCUCCGCAUUACAGUGGACCACCAGCCCCUCUCGGACCAGAUGGCCGCGUGGUAGACACACCGGAAGUGCAGCAAGCAAAGGCUGUCCACUUCUCCUUAUACAAUGCGGAGGCCCAAAAAGCUCCAGCCGGUCCAGCUGCUCCUAAUCCGUCAUGGAACCCUGCCGGUGCUCCCUGGAAUCCCUCCUGGAAUGCUGGGAACAAUUGGAAUCACUAUUAAACUGGCGUUGAUCGCCGCAGGAGAAGAAUCAAGCUGACAGAAAAUAUUCACAUUCGUCCACUGUUAUCGACGAUUCGAGAGAAUUUUAAAAAAUCCCCUCGAGUCAUCGAAUUUCAACUACCUCCGAUAAGUUUUUACUUCGAGAAUCAACGAAAUAUUUCUCUCGGAAUUUUUCUGUAACGUCUUCCGUAUCUUUAAGCUUCCUUCCUUCUAGCUCUCUCCCUUUUCUGUGAUUCUGUGUUUCAUCUACCUCUUGAUCGUCCGUUUUUCGCUCGGAUCUCAACGAAUUUUAAUAUCGUUACAGAUUAGAAAUUAUCGAUUCAUCGGAUCAUAUAUUACAGAGACGAUAAGUUCGCUUAAUAGAAUUUCAUACGAGUUUCUUACAGUUUUAAUACAAUUGGAUGCAAGUUAAAAAUUGUCGUUGAACUUUGAAAAAUGAUGUAUGCAAAUGUGCACGGAAAGCGAAAUCGACACGUGUAUUUAUCGUCGAAUGGAAAUGAAAUAACGGUGGUCUGUACCGUUACAGAUAUUAUCGAGAUAAAAAUGUCCUCUUGUCACAUUCCUCUUCAAGGUGAUCUCUUCAUCGCCUUCGCACUCGUUAGUCAAGGAAAGUUUGCGUUUGCGUGAGAAUUAACCUUUGCACAUGAACUAUCCAUAGAUAUUAUUCAAUGCUAUCGUGUUUUCCUUCCAUUUUUUUAAAUAAUUACAGCGAUACGUAUACAUUUGUAAAUUAUCGUGCGUGUACAUAACGGAGAAACGAUUGUAACAUGAAUGAAACGAAUAAAAUGCAGCGAAAUGUUUCGCUGAAACAAGCAAGAUUAAAAAUUCGCUCUUCUUAAUUGC